AAAAUUCACUAAAAUCAUAAUCGACAAUAAAUAUUUUUGUAAUUUCUUUGCAAUGAGGACAGCUCUAAUUUUUGUGCUCUGCUUGUCGCCAAUUUGGGCGCUUUCAAGAGGUGCUCGCAUAAUUGGUGGUUACGAGGCUUACGCCGGAGAGUUCCCAUAUGCUGCAGCGAUUUAUAAAACAACAGCUGAUGGCAACUACUUCUGCACUGGGUCGAUUCUGAACAACCAAUGGAUAAUCACAGCUGGCCAAUGCGUGGAUGGAGCCAUUCUGUUUACAAUACUUGUGGGUACACACAAACUGACUGGCGAUGAAUCAACUGUUCUGAAAGUAGCAACAGAUACUUACGUUCUCCAUCCAGAUUAUAACCCAAACACUCUAGCAAACGACAUCGGACUUAUAAAAUUCCGAGCCCCAAUUACAUUUACAACGUAUAUUAGAAACGUAUAUCUACCGUAUGGACAAAUGCAUGAAACCGCAAUUGGAAUAGCUUAUGGUUGGGGUCAAACCUCCGAUGACAAUCCUGACCUUUCGGACACACUUACUCAUGUAACGUUAACGGGUGUUUCUGAUGCUGAAUGUAGAAUCACGUAUGGAGAUCAGUUAGCUGAAAAUAUGGUGUGUUUCGAGGGCAAUUAUAACGAAGGAACUUGUUAUGGAGAUAGUGGUAGUCCCAUUAUUCAACACGUCAGCAGAGGAUAUACUAUUGUUAUUGCUAUAUCCAGCUUUUUCAGCGCAAAUGGGUGCGAGAGCACGGAUCCAUCUGGAUAUACUAAAGUUUUCCCUUACAAUAACUGGAUAAACAAUGUCACUUCAACUGUAUAAUCUGUUACAUAAAUUACAGAAUAAAAAUGUUCUUGUACAA